AAUCGAUAGAAAAGUAGUAAACAGGCCAUCUGCCUCUUAGCAUAGUGAAACACGUGGGAUUAAAUCCAGAUUAUGGCUGUGGCACAACGAUGUGUGUGUGAGCUUGUGCGUGCCUGUUUGUGUCUAUUGCUUGUCGUCAGUGUGUCCUUGGCUCCAUAGACAAGCAGCAGGUUGACUACAAAGCUAAAAGUGGAUGUGACAGCCAUAGGGAGCUAAAGUAGAGGAAUAUUUCUGUUUUGCAGGAUAUUUUGUAGUUGUUCGGUGGUGACUUUGUGAUUACAUUAGAUAAGGGAUUAUGGCAUUCUUGAUCAAAAGCAUGAUUGGAAACCCCUUGUCAGGCAUGGGUCUUGGGGGUGGAGGUGACAAAGAAGAAGACGAAACCCCUAAAGAUCCUGCAAAAGCAGCUGGGAUGACACGUGAGGAAUAUGAGGAGUAUCAGAAACAGUUGGUGGAAGAGAAGAUGGAGAGAGAUGCAGAUUUUCUACAUAAGAAAGCAGAAAGGGCAACAUUGCGGGUCUGCCUUAGAGAAAAAUACAGACUGCCAAAGAGUGAGCAGGAUGAAAACAUGAUUGAGAUGGCUGGAGAUGAUGUGGAUGUGCCUGAAGAGCUUCUCAAGAUGGUGGACGAGGACGCCACCGAGGAGGAGGGCAAGGACUCCCUUAUGGGCCAGUUUCAGAACCUGCAGAACAUGGACAUGGAUCAGCUGAAGGAGAAGGCUUCAGCCACAGUCACUGAGCUCAAGACCAAAGCAGAGGAAAAGUGCUCUGUCAUGUGAGGAGAAACAAAUGUGAAAAUCUAACUACCAACCAGGGUUUAACAGUAACACCAUUACAUGUUAUAUGGUACUAUGCAGGUCUAGACCACUGACUAUAACUUUUGUAAAUAUUAUUUCUUGCUGCCCACCUAUAAAACAACAACAACAACAACAACAAAAACAUCUUCUAAUGAUAAACCCUGAACAGCCCCACACUUCCUCCCAUACAAUGUAAUAAUGUCAUGUUCUUCAGCUGUGUGGUGUGUGGUGUAUGUGAAAUUGUUGUCUGUGUGAGUGUGUCAAAUGACCCUAACAAAAACUUCCUUUUAAUACAUUUCCAGAUUUGUUUGAGUGAUUUCUGUUUUCUGUUAGUCUUUUUUAAAUGUUAUGUUUAAAAGAAAUACAAACUUGUAGUUAUUUUAUUUAACUCAAAAACCAUACAAAACCACAUGUUCAUCACUUU